CAGUUGACCUACGGCGAGGGUACUCUGCUCCCAAACGGAGCAAGUUCGACGGCGGUGGCUCAUUCUCUAACAAAAACCAGUCGCCGUCUCCUAAUCUAAUUUCAUGGAUGAAACUCAAAUGGGUAUUCCAAAAUCUGAGUUCCCGUCUUCCCUCUUGGGCUUCCUCUCUAACCUCCCCUUUCAGAAACCGAUUCCUUCAAACCCAAUUUGCAGAAUCCUCCUCAAGAUUCGUCCUCAAUCAUAUAGACACAAGCCUCUUCUUAUCCAUUUGUGGAAGAGAAAAUCUCCUCCAUUUGGGCUCCUCCCUCCAUGCCUCCAUCAUCAAGAGCUUCCAGCUCGCCAACCAUGAAAAUGGGGUCGUCAUUGCGAAUUCUCUCAUCUCCAUGUACCAGAGGUGCGGUAAAUUGGCCGAUGCAGUCAAGGUGUUUGAUGAAAUGUCUAGGAGAGAUACUGUAUCAUGGAACGCAUUGAUCGCUGGGUUUAUGAGAAAUGGGGAGUCUUGUGUUGGUUUUAGCUACUUUAAAGCCAUGUGUUUAGUUGGUGAUUGUGAAUUUGACAAAGCAACUUUGACGACGAUUUUAUCUGCUUGUGAUGGCUUUGAGCUCUGUUAUGUAAUCAAAAUGAUUCACGGUUUGGCGUUUCUGAGUGGUUUUGUGCAAGAAAUUACUGUGGGAAAUGCUCUGAUUAGUUCGUAUUUUAAAUGUGGAUGUGUUGGUUUUGGGAGGCAAGUUUUUGAUGAGAUGGAGGAGAGAAAUGUCAUUACUUGGACAGCAGUGAUCUCUGGCCUGGCUCAUAAUGGGCACCAUGAGCACAGCCUGAAGCUUUUUAAGGAGAUGAUGAGUUGCGGCUCUGUGGAGCCAAAUUCUUUAACUUAUUUGAGUUUACUUACUGCUUGUUCUGGUUUGGAGGCACUAGAGGAAGGGCGUCAAAUUCAUGGUCUUAUUUUGAAGUUGGGAAUUCAGUCAGAUUUGUGCAUUGAGAGUGCUCUGAUGGAUAUGUACUCGAAAUCUGGAAGCAUUGGAUAUGCUUGGAAGAUUUUUGAGUCGGCUGAGGAACUUGAUAUGGUUUCAUUGACUGUUAUACUUGCAGGGUUCACUCAGAAUGGGUGUGAGGAUGAAGCCAUUAGGAUCUUUCUGAAAAUGUUGAAGGUGGGGAUCUUGAUCGAUGAGAAUGUUGUUUCGGCCGCUCUUGGGGUGUUUGGUGCUGAUACAUCUUUGAGGCUGGGUCAGCAAGUUCACUCAUUUGUUGUCAAAAGGAACUUUAGCUGCAAUCCUUUUGUUGGCAAUGGGCUUAUAAACAUGUACUCCAAGUGUGGAGCAUUGGACGAGUCGGUCAAGGUCUUCGAUAGGAUGCGAGAAAGGAACUCGGUCACGUGGAACUCCAUGAUUGCAGCGUUUGCCCGGCAUGGAGAUGGCUCGAAAGCUCUAUGUCUUUACGAGAAUAUGAAACUGGAAGGUGCAAAGCCAACCGACGUCACAUUUCUAUCGUUACUCCAUGCGUGUAGCCAUGUUGGCUUAGUCAGAAAAGGAAUGGAGUUCCUUGAAUCUAUGACAAAAGAUCACGGGAUGAAUCCAAGGACCGAACACUAUGCUUGUGUUGUUGACAUGUUGGGGAGGGCAGGACUGGUCUCAGAAGCUAGAAAAUUUAUUGAGGAACUACCUGAAAGGCCAGGUUUACUCGUGUGGCAGGCAUUGCUCGGCGCCUGCAGCCUCUAUGGCGAUUCUGAAACAGGGAAAUACGCAGCCGAGCAUCUGUUUUCGGAGUCUCCACAUAGCCCGGUCCCAUAUGUUCUGUUAGCCAAUAUAUAUUCUUCUGAAGGGAAUUGGAAGGAGAGAGCAAGGACAAUUAGGAAGAUGAAGGAGGUGGGCGUGGCCAAAGAAACUGGCAUCAGUUGGAUUGAGAUUGACAAGAAAGUCCAUAGUUUUACUGUUUGGGACAAAAUGCAUCCACAAGCUGAGACCAUUUAUGGAGUUUUGAUGGAGCUUUUUGUAUUCAUGGUAGAUGAAGGAUAUGUGCCUGAUAAGAAGUUCAUCCUCUACUACUUGGAUUCUGAUGGCAAGAGGGAUCCGGCCCGUGACAGUCGUCCUAACCAUCAAAGUUCCAUAAAAUCCGAGGUUGUUUGGAACAAAAUCAAUCAAGACCCGCGAAGGCCAAUAAUGGCGGCGCUGUGUUUCUACGCUUCAACCCCUACGAUUCUUCCAUUUCGAAAAACCGUUGGGUCUCCGAAUGACAGUUCCAAUUUUCCCUCCAAAUCGAAACCCUCGAUUCUCUUCCCUUCAUCCUCAUCCUCAGCCUCUCGGUUCGCCACGAUUUGCAGACAAAGAAGCGAAGGAGAAGACGCGCCUCUCUCCACUGCUUUAGCCGCUUACAGAGUGCUCGGCGUCGACCCGACCUGCUCCCAAUCCGAGCUCAAGGCCGCUUUUCGAGCCAAAGUGAAGCAAUUCCAUCCGGACGUGAAUGGAAAUGGGAACGCUUCUGAUUCUAUGAUUCGUCGUGUAAUUCAGGCGUACGAGAUGUUAUCCAGCUACAGUCGAACGGAGUUCAUUGAGAGGGAAUGCUUAGAUCCUUUUGAAAACCCAGAAUGUCAAGCAUUUGAUGUCUUUGUUAAUGAGUUUCUUUGCGUUGGAAAAGGCUGCCCAUAUUCUUGUGUAGAUACAGCUCCCCAUGUUUUCACUUUUGCUUCUUCCACCGGGACAGCCCGGGCCACUUCUCAAGGACAUGGUGAAGAUUAUCAGGUUCUUAUUGCAGCUGGUCAAUGCCCCAGAAGCUGUAUACAUUAUGUAACACCUUUGCAAAGAAUCAUUCUGGAAGAGCUACUUGACAGUGCCUUGAAUGUGCCUUAUGAUAAUUCCGUAGAGGCAGAUUUACUGUAUUCUCUUAUAGUAAAAUCAAAAUUCGAGAAUAACCGAUACAAGAAGCCAAAGAAGGAGCCAAAGGCUUCAACAGGACAAGUGGAUUGGUAUUGA